CCGGCUUGGAGCGCACCGCGGCGCUGCCCAUCAUCUCCCCGAGAGACCCCAGCUCCCUUCCAGAAAGCCCCACCACCUGGGAAGGGCCGCCGCCGGGCGCGGCCUGCCUGGACGCAGCCAGCGCCCCAGUAACAGGUAUCUCCCACCCCUGCUGGGGCUCCUGCCACUGCUGGGAGUGACAGACAGAGGCCGCAGAGAUGGCCGGGGCCUCGGUGAAGGUGGCCGUGCGUGUCCGCCCCUUCAAUUCCCGGGAGAUGAGCCGUGACUCCAAGUGCAUCAUCCAGAUGUCCGGAAGCACCACCACCAUUGUCAACCCCAAACAGCCCAAGGAGACGCCGAAGAGCUUCAGCUUCGACUACUCCUACUGGUCGCACACCUCGCCCGAGGACUGCAACUACGCCUCGCAGAAGCAGGUGUACCGGGACAUCGGGGAGGAGAUGCUGCAGCAUGCCUUCGAGGGCUACAACGUCUGCAUCUUCGCCUACGGGCAGACGGGCGCCGGCAAGUCCUACACCAUGAUGGGCAAGCAGGAGAAGGACCAGCAGGGCAUCAUCCCACAGCUCUGUGAAGACCUCUUCUCUCGAAUCAAUGACACAACCAAUGACAACAUGUCCUACUCCGUGGAGGUCAGCUACAUGGAGAUUUACUGUGAGCGUGUCCGCGACCUCCUGAACCCCAAGAACAAGGGCAACCUGCGUGUGCGGGAGCACCCGUUGCUGGGGCCCUACGUGGAGGACCUCUCCAAGCUGGCGGUCACCUCUUACAAUGACAUCCAGGACCUCAUGGACUCAGGGAACAAAGCCAGGACGGUGGCGGCCACCAACAUGAACGAGACCAGCAGCCGCUCUCACGCCGUCUUCAACAUCAUCUUCACCCAGAAGCGGCACGACGCGGAGACCAACAUAACCACCGAGAAGGUGAGCAAGAUCAGCCUGGUGGACCUGGCCGGCAGCGAGCGGGCAGACUCCACGGGCGCCAAGGGCACGCGCCUCAAGGAGGGAGCCAACAUCAACAAGUCCCUGACCACCCUGGGGAAGGUCAUCUCUGCCCUGGCUGAAAUGGACUCUGGGCCCAACAAGAACAAGAAGAAGAAGAAGACAGAUUUCAUCCCCUACCGAGACUCCGUGCUGACCUGGCUCCUUCGUGAAAACCUGGGAGGCAACUCGAGGACAGCCAUGGUGGCAGCGCUGAGCCCUGCGGACAUCAACUACGACGAGACCCUUAGCACGCUGAGGUAUGCGGACAGGGCCAAGCAGAUCCGCUGCAACGCCAUCAUCAACGAGGACCCCAACAACAAGCUGAUCCGCGAGCUGAAGGACGAGGUCACGCGCCUGCGGGACCUGCUGUACGCCCAGGGCCUGGGGGACAUCACCGACACCAGCACUGUGCCCGGAGGACCCAAAUAUGUGUCGGACCUUGAGAACAAUAACCGUAACCGUGGCAGGCCCGAGUUGAGUCAGGUCCCUGACGCUCUCUCCACAGUGACCAACGCCCUGGUGGGCAUGAGUCCCUCGUCCUCACUCUCGGCUCUGUCCAGCCGUGCGCCCUCCGUGUCCAGCCUCCAUGAGCGCAUCUUGUUUGCUCCAGGCAGUGAGGAGGCCAUCGAAAGGCUGAAGGAAACCGAGAAGAUCAUCGCAGAGCUCAACGAGACCUGGGAGGAGAAGCUGCGGCGGACGGAAGCCAUUCGGAUGGAGAGGGAAGCACUGCUGGCCGAAAUGGGCGUGGCCAUGAGGGAGGAUGGUGGCACCUUGGGUGUGUUCUCUCCCAAAAAGACCCCACACCUUGUCAACCUGAACGAGGACCCGCUGAUGUCUGAGUGCCUCCUCUACUACAUCAAAGAUGGCGUCACCAGAGUGGGCCGGGAGGACGCUGAGCGGCGGCAGGACAUUGUCCUGAGUGGGCACUUCAUCAAGGAGGAGCACUGCGUCUUCCGGAGCGACUCCAGAGGAGGCAGUGAAGCCGUGGUGACCCUGGAGCCCUGCGAGGGGGCGGACACCUACGUCAAUGGCAAGAAAGUCACAGAACCCAGCAUCCUGCGGUCAGGAAACCGCAUCAUCAUGGGUAAGAGCCACGUGUUCCGGUUCAACCACCCGGAGCAGGCCCGUCAGGAGCGCGAGCGCACGCCCUGUGCGGAGACGCCCGCGGAGCCCGUGGACUGGGCCUUCGCCCAGCGCGAGCUGCUGGAGAAGCAAGGCAUCGACAUGAAGCAGGAGAUGGAGCAGAGGCUCCAGGAGCUGGAGGACCAGUACCGCCGGGAGCGGGAGGAGGCCACCUACCUGCUGGAGCAGCAGCGGCUGGACUACGAGAGCAAGCUGGAAGCCCUGCAGAAGCAGAUGGACUCCAGGUACUACCCGGAGGUGAACGAGGAGGAAGAGGAGCCGGAGGACGAAGUGCAGUGGACUGAGCGGGAGUGUGAGCUGGCGCUCUGGGCCUUCCGGAAGUGGAAGUGGUACCAGUUCACAUCCCUGCGGGACCUGCUCUGGGGCAACGCCAUCUUCCUCAAGGAGGCCAAUGCCAUCAGCGUCGAGCUGAAGAAGAAGGUCCAGUUUCAGUUUGUCCUCCUCACGGACACCCUCUACUCCCCGCUGCCGCCAGACCUACUGCCCCCAGAGGCCGCCAGAGACCGAGAGACGCGGCCCUUUCCCCGCACGAUUGUGGCUGUGGAGGUCCAGGACCAGAAGAACGGGGCCACCCACUACUGGACACUGGAGAAGCUCAGGCAGCGCCUGGACCUGAUGCGGGAGAUGUACGACAGGGCCGCGGAGGUGCCCUCCAGCGUGGUGGAGGACUGCGACAACGUGGUGACUGGCGGAGACCCCUUCUACGACCGCUUCCCCUGGUUCCGGCUGGUGGGCAGUUCAGUCAUCUCUGGCUGCAACAGCUACCCUCUUCUCAACACAUGCAUGAGCGAGCGCAUGGCUGCUCUCACCCCCUCCCCCACCUUCUCGAGCCCCGACUCCGACGCCACCGAGCCUGCCGAGGAGCAGAGCGUGGGGGAGGAGGAGGAGGAGGAGGAGGAGGAGGAGGACCUGGAGGACGACGUCUUUCCGGAGCACACGCUGUGCGACGGCCGGGACCCGUUUUACGACCGGCCCCCCCUGUUCAGUUUAGUAGGAAGGGCCUUCGUGUACCUGAGCAACCUGCUGUACCCUGUGCCCCUGGUGCACCGCGUGGCCAUCGUCAGCGAGAAGGGCGAGGUGAAGGGCUUCCUCCGUGUGGCCGUCCAGGCCAUCUCAGCUGACGAAGAGGCCCCUGAUUAUGGCUCUGGUGUCCGCCAGUCAGGAACCGCUAAGAUCUCCUUUGACGACCAGCAUUUCGAGAAGGUACAGUGUGCUUUGGCCCUACGCAGCGGGGGCACCAUCCCACCCGACCCCAG